GGCAAGUACUCCGUUGAAGAUGCAGCGGUGAAAGUGGAGACGAGGAGGGAUUCGAAUGGUCGCGUCGAGGGGCAACAAGUGACUGGUUGCACUGAUGGAUUUGGAAAGGAAGCGAGUGAGGAGGUGCCGCAGAUGUAGCGAGAGAGCCGUCUUCCUCGCUGCCACCAGCAAGCAGCCUUCGUGAUAUCUUACAGCGUGGACCCAGGGAAAGUUAGGGCUGCCGACUCUGGCGAACUUCGCUCACCGACAAUGGCUCGGUUUUAAAGCGAGAAACUCUUCGACUAUCGACCGGGGAAAAUGCCUAUUAUGAAAGGCUUGUUGGCUCCUCAGAAUACCUUUUUGGACACCAUAGCAACGCGGUUUGACGGAACACACAGCAACUUUAUCCUUGCAAAUGCUCAAGUGUACCAAGGCUUUCCCAUUGUCUACUGCUCGGAUGGAUUCUGUGAACUCACCGGCUACGCCCGCACAGAAGUCAUGCAGAAGAAUUGUGGAUGUAGGUUCCUGCAUGGAGCGGAGACCAGUGACCAACUUUCCAUUCAGAUCGAAAAAGCACUCUACAGCAAGCAAGAGUUUCAGGGGGAAGUACAGUUCUACAAGAAAUCCGGAGCCGCAUUCUGGUGUUUACUUGACAUUGUCCCCAUUAAAAAUGAGAAAGGGGAGGUUGUACUUUUCCUCGUCUCCUUUAAGGAUGUCACAGAUAACCGAGGCAAAAUCCAUCAGAGAGACUGGAAGGAAGAGGAGAAGAACAAACACAAAAAGGGAGGUGGGUCCCAUUUUAGUGCCGCACGCAGGCAGGGCCGAACGGUCCUCUACCAUCUGACCAGCCACCUGCAGAAACGAGACAAAAGUAAAGUCACAUUGAAUAACAACAUGUUUGAAAGUAAGCCUAGUCUACCCGAGUACAAAGUGGCAUCUGUCCAGAAAUCCCGCUUCAUCCUCCUGCAUUACAGUACCUUCAAAGCUGGCUGGGACUGGCUUAUCCUGCUGGCCACGUUUUACGUCGCGGUGACCGUCCCGUACAACGUUUGCUUCACGGAGAGCGACGACAGCUCCUCGACUUCCCGCAGCACCACCGUCAGUGACGUUGCUGUGGAAAUGCUUUUCAUUUUCGAUAUUAUCCUGAACUUUCGGACCACAUAUGUCAGUCAGUCAGGUCAAGUAGUCUACGAUGCUCGAUCUAUCUGCAUCCAUUAUGGAACCACGUGGUUUAUUGUGGAUUUAAUAGCUGCAUUGCCAUUUGAUCUACUCUAUGCCUUUAACAUUACUGUGACCUCUCUGGUUCACUUGUUGAAGACAGUGCGUCUGUUACGACUGCUGCGGUUGUUCCAAAAGCUUGACCGUUAUUCGCAGUACAGCGCCAUGGUCCUAACACUUCUCAUGUCAAUGUUUGCGCUGCUCGCUCAUUGGAUGGCCUGCAUCUGGUACGUCAUUGGCAGGAGGGAGAUGGCAAUGAAUGAUCCACAAACCUGGGAUAUUGGUUGGUUAAACGAGCUUGGUAAACGUUUGGAGACUCCAUACACUAAUAACUCGUUGGGUGGCCCUACUGUUCGAAGUGCCUACAUUGCUGCCCUCUACUUCACCUUGAGCAGCCUAACCAGUGUUGGCUUCGGAAAUGUUUCUGCAAACACAGACGCAGAGAAGAUAUUUUCAAUCUGCACUAUGCUUAUUGGGGCUCUGAUGCAUGCUGUUGUGUUUGGGAAUGUUACUGCCAUCAUCCAACGUAUGUACUCAAGGCGCUCUCUCUACCACACUCGCAUGAAGGACCUGAAAGAGUUUAUUCGAGUUCACUGCCUUCCGCAGAGCCUGAAGCAACGAAUGCUUGAGUAUUUCCAGACCACCUGGUCAGUGAAUAACGGGAUUGAUGCCAACGAGCUUUUACGGGAUUUCCCAGAUGAGCUCCGUGCCGACAUUGCCAUGCACCUACACAAGGAGAUUCUGCAGUUACCUCUCUUUAUAUCGGCCAGUCGUGGAUGCUUGAGGUCAUUGUCUCUCCACAUCAAAACCUCUUUCUGCGCCCCAGGAGAGUACCUCAUCAGACAGGGGGACGCCUUGCAAGCAAACUACUUUGUGUGCUCAGGCUCCAUGGAAGUUUUGAAGGACAGCGUGGUGUUGGCAAUUCUUGGCAAAGGGGACUUGAUUGGUGCAGAUCUUUCAACGAAGGGCCAAGUGAGUAAAACAAAUGCUGAUGUGAAAGCAUUAACUUAUUGUGAUCUGCAAUAUAUCGGUCUGAGAGGCUUAUUUGAAGUGUUGGAGCUCUAUCCUGAGUAUUCAAGCAAGUUUGUGUCGAACAUCCACCGUGACCUGACCUUCAACCUUGAAGAAGGAUGUGAAGCACAGGGAAUCGCAAAGUGCGCCAAAUCCCCAAGACUCUCUCAGAAUCAACUGAACAGCGAUGACAAUUCCACAAAGAAACUUUCAUCCAUUUUGGAAACUGAGGAUGAACCAAAUGAAUACUCACACCUCUCACCAGCAACUAAGACUCACAGGAAGCUCACUCUGCCUGGAUUGAACAGUCCGAUCCGCCGAGGAUCUCUUGGUAGUUUGCUGGGGGAGGAACUAAAACAUUACUCGGCGAUGCGACAUGGCAGUCGAUCUCCAGGGAAGUGCAGGAGGGGUGAAAGCCCCCCGCAUAAUACAGAAGACAGCAUGUACAGUGGUGGAAAUGACAAUAUCCAAAAUCCAGCAAAACUCCUUCUACCAUCAUUGAACUGUUGUGGACCCCCUAACCUAACUCCUAGGUAAUGAUAUCACCACGUAAAUAAUCCAAAA